AUGCUAAAAAUGCCGAAAUUCGGCGGCCAUGUGGCACGGUUUUCUGAUUUCAUAGAUCAGACGACAACCAUGCUUGGCUUCACAGAGAACCUGUCUGGUGCGUGGCAACUCGUACGAAAAACUGGACGAAUUCACGUCAAGCUAAAUUUUCUCGAGCAAAACCAGAACCAAUUCGAGAAGAACUAUUUUGACGUGGUGCUCAGCACGUUCGUCGAGAACUUCAUACCGUAUCUCACCGGAGAAAAGGUCAUGCCAGUUCCGGAAGGUACCGAAAAGAAGAAAGUGCGUUUUGCCCAAACUUAUGCUCCAGCGCAGAUUACAGAUGUAUGGAAAAGGUAA